AUCUCAUCUCGCAUUCACUGCUUCCCACGAUCCCCUUCCGUCAAAUUCUAAUCCAAAUUAUAUAAUAAUCCUCCGUAAAUUCAUAUUCUGAUUCAGUAGAAUUUCCCUUGAAAUUCUCUUCCUAUUUUCUUUUUAAAUUUUCUCUUCUUCUUCUUCUUCUUCUUCUCCUCCUCCUAGCAAAAGAUUCAAUUUCGGUUUUUUCUUUUCAAAUAUUUUGGCGGGAAGAUCAUGAGAAUAGAUGACGUGGAGGGAGGGUUUCGUGCGGUAAUCGCGGCGCGGGAUCCGCCGCCGGCAAAUGGGAAGGAGGAUGGGGAAGAGGAUGAGAACGAGGAGAGGGACGGGGAGGAUCUGUUCGUGCCUCCGUUGAACUUUGCGAUCGUUGAUACGGGAAUUUUCAGGUCGGGGUUUCCAGAUUCUGCCAAUUUCAGCUUCUUGCAAACCCUAGGGCUCCGUUCGAUUAUAUAUUUGUGCCCUGAGCCUUAUCCAGAGACCAAUAAUGAAUUUUUGAAGGCUAAUGGGAUUAAGCUUUUUCAGUUCGGGAUCGAGGGGUGCAAGGAACCUUUCGUUAAUAUUCCAGACGAAGUAAUUCGAGAGGCUUUGAAAGUACUACUUGAUGUUAAUAACCACCCAGUCCUAAUUCACUGCAAACGUGGAAAGCACCGCACCGGUUGUCUCGUGGGAUGCUUAAGGAAAUUGCAGAGAUGGUGCUUAACUUCCAUUUUUGACGAGUACCAGAGAUUCGCUGCUGCCAAAACUAGAGUGUCAGAUCAGAGGUUCAUGGAGUUAUUUGAUAUUUCCAGCUUGAAGCACUUGUCAAUGUCAUUUUCAUGUUCAAAGAGACAAUAACAACAGUAUAGUUGCUUGAAAGAAGUUUUUUCUUGACUUUCAUCUCCGGCAUUCAUAACCACCCGUGAGGAAGGGAAGUUUGAUUUAGAGCCCGAAAAGAUCAAAGUUUAAACUUUACUGCCCCAACGUGUGUUCUGUUCAUUUUCAUCAAAAGAUUGAGCUUUACAUUCCUUCUGUCGUGCUACUAUAUAUACCAUUAUUAAUUUGUUAAGUCUUGUUGACCAUACACCUUUGAAAUGGUGGGUGGAGUUAUCAUAUCUCCAGUGCAUUAUCAUACUAUCAGGUCAUAGGAAAAAGCAAUCAUAAGAAAAUCUCUCUUUGUUCUAAA